AUGGGGUCGCUGGCCCGUGCCAUGAAGAACUCGCACAAACUUCGACAGAUGUUUCACAAGGCGUCAGCCAGUGCCGUUGAGAAUCUGGAGGCCAAGCUCCAAACCUUGGUGUCUUUCCGCUACGCUCCCCAGAGAUUUAAUUCUGUGUUGGAGAUUGCGCAGCUGGUGGUGCUUCAUGUUCGUCCGCUGAUCCACACGCUGGUGCAGAUUAAAAUUACUGAGCCCAAGAAGGUCAAAUGGUGCGAGCGAAUGCUCAGAUUCUUUACUGGACCAAAACUUCUUCUCCUUGCAAUGAUUGCUGAGCUUGCGGCAUCAGCAGCCCGCUACAAUCAUCGUUACGAUAAUGUCGGAGGACAACCCACGCAGGUGUCCAGAUCCGCGUAUUGGUACGCGACGCUCGCUGACGAGCUUGAGAGACUCUUUGGGUUCUCGCAAGGGGAACCGUUAGUCCUGGCGCCUCAAUAUUCAAAAGGGUUUGUUAGCAUCUUGCGCAGCUCCUAUGAUGUUCUCGUCGAUGAAUCCGUGGUGACAGGAGGCCAUCUGCAGUUCUACAGGUCGGGUCUGCGCACUGAAGACAAUCUGCGAAAACGUAUAGCCGCAGAGCUGGGUUCCAUACAAAAUGUAGUCAAGAUUUAUCUGGCCGCUUUGCAUCCGGGUGAUCACAGCGUUGCAUCUGCUCUUCGUCCGUUUGACACGGAGCACUGGCUGGAAAACUUCUCGGACGAGCCAACGACCUUCCAGCCCUUGGCCGAGAUUCUGGAAGCAGAUGUGAACGGUGUGACUGAUCAAGCGUGGCUUCAAGCUGCCAAGCAUUGGUCGGACAAGCUUCCAUUGCUGAGAGAGGUUGCCUUUGCGGCUGCCACUUUCGCGUCCACGAGUGAGAUCGAGCAGCAGUUUUCCUUGGUGCAGAUGCUCAGUCUUCCCCCUGCGGAAUUUGUUGCAUGCCAUCAAGUGGACGGCUCUGCAGUUGGCCGGUACGUACCUUCAGAUCAUUGCUUCCAAACGCAACGUGCUUUCUUGCAACUUUAUGGUGGUGGGAAGAACGUAUCAAAAUCCAGCCUCCCCAAGCGCAUCCAGAAGCGCAAGCAGCAGGAUGAGCAGGCAGCCGACAGCAGCGCCCGUGUGUCAAUGGUGGGCCUGAAAAGGCAGAGACAAGUUCAGCUCAAGAAUUUGCAGCCAGCCACUGAUGUUGCCGAUCUGGAGCAGCUCCAAACUGCAGCCGCAGCGAGCUCAGCUGAUCGAAAGGGGGCGAAGCAUGAGAAGCUGGCAAAACGGCUGCGAAAUCUGCAGAAAAAGCCGCACGGGAAGAAGCAGCUCUUCAAGGAAGAUGCGCUCCCUUUUGGCAGGCCAACCUCCGCAACCGAGAAGCUCCAGAAACAUUUGGAGCGGGAAAGGGCCAUGAAAGCUGAGCUGCAGCAGAUGCAGCUGACUGAGCUGCGGUGCGUUUCGGAAGGCCAGCCGAACCUUCAGCCAGGCAACAUUUGUGUCGUGGCCAUGACGGCUGUAGAUGGCGAGGCUAUUGAAACAACUCUCGGUUUGAGGGCGUAUGUGUGGGAGAACAGCACGGAGCAGCUUCGGUUUCUGAUCCACUUCGAGGUGCUCUGGUAUGCCUCCAGCGAGGAGUUGGAAGAGGCGAUGACUUUGGGACCGCGCAAGAAUGCAGACAUGUCUUCUUUUGUCUUGGGGCCGGUAGACCCAGUUCAUGGCGACUUCGGACCGCUUGGAAAGAUGUNNUGCUUUGUGCUGGUGUCCGAUUCUGUGAUGGCCCAGCCUGAGACUUUGAAGCAUCUUGUUGAAAAGGCCUCGAAGGAAGGCAAACUGG